GCGACCCAUGGAGCAGGGGCUGGUCCACCUCAGGAAGGAGUUUGUGGAAUGGAGGAGGGGCGUGGCGGUGGCAAGGGCGAGGGAGGAGGCGGCGCGGGAGGAGUGCGAGGUCCUUCGUCAGGAGAAGAAACACCUGACGCGGCAACUGCAGGAGGCCUUGAGUCGCAUAGGCCUGCUCAAAAAUAGGCUGGAUGAAUUGAUACAGAACUACGCCGCCAUUGCCCCUGUCAUUGAUACCAAGAACAGGCUGCUGGAGGAGGUGGGACGCCUGCAGGAGGAGCGGCGGGAGGCUGACCAGAGGCACGCAGGAGAGGUGGAGCUGCUGAAGAAGGAGAUGGAGGAGUCGCAGGCGGAGGGCGAGCGGAGACUGAAGGAGGCGGUGCAAGAGGAGAAGGACAAAGCUCUGAAGGCGGCGGAGGAGGCGGUGGCGGCGCUGCAGCAGAAGGAGGAGGAGCUGAAGGCGUCGAAAGAGGAACUGCAAGAGGAACAACGCAAACAUGAAGAGACCUUAGCUGAGGAGAGAGAAAAGCUGCACGAGGAACAGGAGCAGUUGCGUGGUCGCCUGGCGCAGCUGCAGAAGACCAUCAACUCACGCCAACUGUCAGAUCUCGAUCUCUUCGCCAGCAAGCUGCAGGCGUAUCGCUCUGAGUUCGAGGAGAAACUGAAGGAGCGAGACACCCAGCUGACGGAGGCGCGGAAGGAGCUGCAAGCGGCUCGAGAGACGCUCCGGCACCAGCAGCUCCUGAGUGUGGUGAGGGGCGUCACCACCAACACGCCCACACCGCACGCCCUGCCAACGCCUUCCACGCCCCUGCCCACCCCAGCCUCCUCCCCCUUGGUUGGUGGUGAUAGUAAUGAUGCAGGAGUGGAUGGUGACGUGGACGUGUGCUGUGAAUCAGAACCUGCCGUUAAGAAGAUCAAAGCCGCCCAUAACCGGACCCAGCCCGCCCUGUCCCGUCCCCCACCACCAAGGACCCCCACCCUCGCUCCACCACCCACCACACUCGCAACGCCCACUACCACCUCCAGGACGUCGCCUCUCAGGACGCCCACGCCUGCCUCGCACCCGCAGCGCCCCGCACACCUCAGUAAGCGCGUGCUGUACUCCGGCAAGUCCCUCCUCAUGGAAGAGCCACGGUUGUAGUCUUCUUUCUUCCCUCCUCCAGGAUCUAUUCUAGUUUUGUAUACUCUCUCUCU